CAAAAAAACGACAGCAACAAGCAAAAAUCUGACUGAUUCGUAUAACCUCACACUGAUAGAAGAAUCUUCCAAAGCACCCAAAAUGUCAGGUUUCUUAAACUUGCAUUUGUGGUCAGACACUUGUGCUAAAAACUUAGACAUUUUGUGUAAUUUUCCUAUGUUUCCAAGAGCGCCAGAUAACAGACUUGCUCUGAAUAAAACUGUUAUUGCGAGAAAUUUGAAACAAGCGAAGGCGAUAAGAUUGUUUGGAUUUAUAGACCCGAUCGAAUCUGGCGUGUUUUUUUUCAUGGUUAAAUUUUGCAUUGCCGAAGUUUAUCUUAGCUACAACAAGAACUGGAAAGAAGCAAGACAGAUCUUAUCCUUAGACGUUGGAAAAUUUCCUGAAAACAAGUCAGACUCUCAAGUUUCUUCAGCAAUUGAUCUGGUAGCUGGAGAGAAAUAUUUCAUCGACAUAGUCGCCAUUUGUGUUUACAGAAUUAACAAGUUACAACUUUUGUGGAAAACUCCAAGUAGCUCUGGUUUUGAAAUUCUAAACUCAACGUUUUUAUCAACAAAAAUGGAUGACAACAGCUUAAGUAAUCUCAGUUUCUACGACGAAGAUAUACCAGAUUCUCAAGCCUGUGCCCUGAGAGAGAAUGACACCACUUAUUUUAAAUCACGCCGUGAAAUAAGCUACUUAUCACACGAGGAAGUGAAAAAUGUAUUACCAAAUUGUGAGUAUAAACCAAGUUACAUUUUGAAUCGCAGAGUAAGCAAAUAUGAAGCAGUAUUUCGUCAUGUGGUUCACUCAUUUAUCUUCCCGUUUCCUGAACAUCACCAAGUCCGCAAUAGAUCCAACCGGAUUUAUCCACUUGGAGAAAGCGAGGCCAGGGAAGUUGUUAACAUCUUAAUGGAGGCUCUCCGUAAUAAAUCACCAAGGAGGUUUGAAUUGAACGAAAUAAGAAAUGUGGAAAGAAAGACAGAUCCAAAAAGAGGCGACCGAUAUCUGAUCGAAGUUGAAUUGCUGGACGUGACAAGUGGCAACAAUGUGAUGUUAUCUGAAUAUGUGUUCAUGGCCAACGGAGAAAAGAAACUCUGUUAUCCAAUGGGAUUUCAAUGGAACAGAACGGUCGACGUCUAUCUGAUGGUAACUGCUAAAAGUCUUGGAAGAUGGCUUCAUCAUUUUAUUAAAAACGUCGAGAAGAUCAUGCAUGAAACGAACGAUCAAAAUCUUCAUGUUGUGAUUUAUGAUUACAACAGCUCUGACAUCAACUUGGAAAAGGUUUUAAAGGAAAGUUCGUUGACAAAAUACAUGUUCAGAAGAGAGAGUGGGAAAUAUUCGCGGACUCAUUCCUUUACUGAGGCAAUAAACCUUAUAUCAAACCCACACAGUAUUAUUAUCAUGGUUGAUCUUCAUCUUGAUAUUGCAGCACCAUUUAUCAACAGCGUCCGAAAACAUUGUAUCGAAGGUCGAAUGGUUUUCACGCCAAUCAUCGUUCAAAUGCGCUGUGGUGCUAAUCCGGCAAACUUAGUUGGACUAUGGCAAGUGCUUGGUUACGGGAUAAUUGGACUCUACAAGUCGGACUGGGACCGAGCCGGGGGAUUUGGGAUCAAUAAAACGACCUGGGGAGGAGAAGACUAUGCACUAAUGGACCAGCUUGUCAGCGUAGGACUGGAGUUUGAACGCAUACGCACUCCGUAUAUUCAUCACUAUUACCACACGAAGAAGGGAAUGUGGUGAUUCAAUAUCUCGUUUUAUCAUUUUCAUUAUGGUUGCUGAUAACGCGCUAGGUCGAAUAUUC